GUCACAGUGACAUUUCUAUAGUUCGAAAAAAAAAUUGCCGGAUUUGCCAAAGAUUUUAAGCUAAAAUAAAUACAUUUAAGGCAUAUUUUUAUAAAAGUGCAAUCAGAAUGUCUCACACCGAUUGUGCGGUACGCGACUGUAACAAUAACCUUUUUAAUAAACCUCGAGGAGUGACAUUUCACCCAUGUCCAAUCAGGAGUGACAUGAGGAAUAAAUGGUUGCAGAUGUUAAAAACUAAAUGUACUGUCCUUGAUUGGAACAGAAGUAAAAUAUGUUCCAAACAUUUUGAAACAAAGUGUUUUAAUAUCAAAGGAAAAUUGAAAGAUGAUGCUGUACCAACUUUAUUUUCUGCAGUUGCACACAGAAAUCCUGUUAAACAAACUCAAGAAACAUCCAUAUCAUCAAGAACUAAUGUUGACAGAGUCCUAAAUAAAUUGACACAGGCUGAGUUAAUGUCUAACAUUAAAAAUACAUUAAGCAAAAUGAAGGAGCCUUCAAAUUUAGAAACUUAUUUGAAUGAUGACUACAAAUGUAAGCCCGACACACCAACUGAAGCUCAACUAUGGAUAUUAAUAAAAAAACAAGAUCAUUUGAAUACAAGACUGAUGGAAUUAGUUGUUCAAAAUAAAAAGCAUGUAGAAUUUUUACAAAAAAACUUGGAAGAAGCUAAAUCGUCUAAAAAAGAAACGGAACAGAGUAUUGAAACACAGAAAUAUAUUGUUAAAUGCUUACAAGAGAAGCUAGCUACCCUUGAAGAACAGAUAGAUAUUCUAACCACUGUUGAGUCAAGGUAAAAGAAAGACUGCAUUAACAUAGAAAUAAAUUAAUUAUUUUUUAUUGACAUAUAAACUUAUUAAUAAACUUAAAACUACAA